UCUGAAGGAGAUCUGAAGGAUUCCUAUCGGAUUCGUUUGGUUUCUACUAGCUUCGUGUUCCUAGGAGUAAGGCCCUUUGCUCCUAGUAGCAAUGCACUUGUUCCUAGUAGCUUAUUGUUUCUAUUUAAGAGUCAGGGCACUGGUGCUUUCCACCAAUCCGUUUGGUUUUUUACGCCCUUGGCAUCCUUUCUGAUUGACCAAGUUACAUCUCAUUUUUCAUGCCUGUGGAGAGUUUUUGAAUGUCCUAGUCAAGGCAACCAGAGUUUUUGAAUCUCCAUCAAUAUAUAUAUAUAUAUAUAGAACUCCCCCAUAUGAAGAUGAUCAAGAUUCCACAUUUGUGGGUUUGGAUGUUGAUGCCUCGCUUCAGUUGGCAAGCCCUGCGGUGGACUUUGGCUCGAGCUUCUGUUCUGCCUUUCUGAUUUGAUCGGUUGAGCAGUUUCCAAAACGCGUUUGGGCCAUGGCGAGGACCUUUGAGGGAAGGAUCUUCAUGAAGCCCUUGGCGAAGAGUCGGGGGCAAAGCGCGGAGGUCUACGUCAAUGUAGGUUGGGUCGCGUCCGGGAGCCAGGGCCUUCCACCUUACGAUGCUCGCUUGGAGGCAGCUUGCUCGCAAGAGCAGUGGGAUGAUUUGAUGGCAAGCUACAAAGCCUUUCAUGACGAAAAGUCUGUCCCUGAAUGGAUGCCAAUUGUCAACUGCUUCUUGUGUCCAUUUACCUUGGGGCUGACCUGUUGCUUGACGAAUGCCAUGAUCUACAAAUACACCUCCGGCCUGGAGCUCAUCACCAAGGAGAAGACCAAAUCUUGGAAGUGUCCUGCGAGGUUCGAGAAUGUAAGGUUGUACGGGCCCGCGGGAGAGGCACCCGACCAGAUCCCCUAUGAUCAGUACGGCCAGCCCCUCCUUGCAAUGCGGGGCAAACCGGGAGACAAGCCGUUCGCCGAAUGGCCACCGGCAGGAUGCAACCUCGUCAUCAACCUCAACGUUCGGGCUGAAGAGUUUGCACAGCAGUGGCUCCCACAGGGACCGGUCGCUCCCAUGCAGAUCGGGAUGGCGUGACUGGUGGCCGCGACAUGCCGCGACCCAGCGUGACCCCGGUGAAUGUUUUUCCAACUUGUUUUGCAUGGCAUUCGGUCCUUUAAUCUUUGACCGUAUGCCCCUUGCUCACGUCCUGUCAUUUUUUCCGUGGGAGUGCCAAGUACCCCCGCGUGCUUUCGAGAUCGUCAAAGUCGAGAGCUGCAAA